AUGACCGAUCCGAAUGACCAAAAUCCACUUAUCGCCCCGGCCAGCCUCAUCGAGAAUCAACCUGAUACACAAGAAUACAUCCAGAAUGGCGAGAUGUGGUGUUUGUUAAUUCAGCUCGCCAAACAGAGCGAGGUGUCACGUCAAGGCGCCGGCCUUUUUCGCGAACGUGACUACCGUGGACUGACGGACACGAUGAACAACAUUCGAGAUCACUUGCAUGAAACCGAGGCCCUCUGUAUGAUUGUCCGGACCAACGUGCUUGAAAUUCGCCUCAGGCAAAUCAUCGCUGGUCUCCAAAGUCAAGUGAAUCAUCCUUAUGGACCCUUCUUCGGUGAUCAUCCAACAAAGCCAUUUCUCCAAAUUGGUCAACUCAAUCUCAGCCCGCCUCAGGUCACAUCCCAGGCGACUCUGACAUUCCAUGAUAUCGAUGAAUAUAUCGUCAAGACUGGUUACGGGACGGUUAUUGAAAAUGAUCUGGAGCAGCAAUCCACUGGUGUUGGAGAGGCCAUCCAGUGCAACUUGGUUACAAUACUUCCUCCUGGAGUCUCUACCGACAGCCCUCCAAAUGAACUGUUGGGCUUUUUGACUAUACCAGAAGGAUACUCCAUUCCUCAACCUAGUGAAACGUUCUCUCUCUUGUUCUCGAAAUUCAACGCCACCACUCCUCAAGCUUCAUGGGGUGUUCAAGAGCAAACCUCCAUUUUUCACGAUUCGCCUAAGCGCAAGACCACGGAAGACUGGGGAGAAGCCACUACCACGGACAACGUCCCUGAUUUAAAUGUCAACCUUGUGGAGACCAUGAAGCAUGCUGAUCUCCACGGAGAGCCUACCGUCACCGAGGAACAGCACCAGACUCAAUCUCCUCUUGAAAUCGAUAACGACGUGCCCCAGGAUGCUAAUGAAUAUCCAUGGGAACAUGGUUGGCGAUGUACAGUGUUGACACCCGCGCCAUUUGCACCGUGCAGCACGGUGACAAUCUAUAUGCGCCGUGGUCUUAACAAGGAGACCAACCAGCCAUGUAUCUCUGAAGAAGGUCAUGAACCGCGUCCAAUUACCCCGAAGACCAACGAUCCAAAGCUCGACUUACACGAUGUCUUGUCUAAAGAGCAAGCCCAAGGAUGUCGGAUCAACAGAAUCAGCAGCCAGAAGCCAUACAGACAGCAGAUCGCGGCUUGCUUUGGGUUGGUCAAUUAUGCCGGCUCUAUUCACCAGACCUUGCUCGCAAACAAUACCAUGAACUUGCCAGAAGUGAACGUCUACCAAUCGAUCACUCCUGAGAACUUGAUCCAGUACGCAAAUCGGGUCAAAAAGGAUGGAUCCAUGAACAAAGAGCAGCUUUCGGUCUUCGAGAAGUUCCAGAAGCUACGGGGUGGGAUCGGGGUUGUUCAAGGGCCACCUGGAACAGGCAAGACGUACACACUGGCGAGAUGUGUGUUGCCUUUCCUUCUCUAUCCCAAGAAGGAUGUGAACCCAGAUGAAACUCCUGAGGCGCCUGAUUGCACUAAGAUCCCUGAUGCAAAGCGCACUCACCCUGCUCGGCAUCAAGUUCUUCUAGUUGCUCCGACUAACGCCGCCGCCGACCACCUUGCCCAGUCACUGAAUGAUAUCAUCGAGAAGCACUCGGAUGAAUUUAGCAGUGGGAAGCCCAAAGUCGUCCGGGUUUACCCUAUUAAUGCAGAGAAGGAUUCGUACUGUAAACCCGAUGCAGCUCUCCAUUUCAUCGAUGAAGCGACCGUGACCAAUGCAGAUGUCGAGCAAGCUCUGCAGACUGAUAUGGUCUACAACUUGUUCAUGGAUUACUACGCCGAGAACAAUCCUAGUCGUCAAGUAACCAGAAGCUCAGCUUCGCGCAUCACUUUGCGCGAGUUGAGUCUUGGCCGUCAGAUCAUUGAAUUCGCUAAGAAUGACGCGCGGUGGGACCCAUGGCUCAUGCAGCGCGAUCAAUUGGCGAAGGGAGAGCUCGAUAGUCAGCAGAAGCCAGACUACGUAGCCUAUGGCAAAUACAUGCUGCAACAAGUGCUUGCGGACUCAGACAUCGUUGUCUGUACCUUAUUCUCGGCUGGUCAGAACAUUAUACGCGAAGCGAUCAGUCCCGACGCCAUUUUCAUUGACGAAGCCGCUAUGACGAAGGAAACCGACCUUUGGCCCCUGUACACCUUCUACAGAUCUGUUCCACUGUUGCUUUUCGGUGAUCAUCAUCAAUUGCAGUCGAUCAUGAAGAGUAACCCGGAAACAAAUCAAUUCUACAGGCAAUUGCAACUUUCGCCGUUCGCUCGCUUCGUGUAUGCCGGCUUGCUCGUGGAGCUUCUUCGUGAACAGCACCGCAUGGCUCCUGACAUCUCUGCUAUCGUGAAUCGGAUCUUCUACGCCAAUGAAAUUCGUGAUGCAAUAGGAGUGACUCUCCCGCACAACCAAAUGGCUCAGAAAAUCCUGGAGUGGAACAAAACUGACCGCAUCUCCUGUAACUCGAACGCCAUCUUUGUGGAUGUCCGUGAUGCAAGUCCCGAGAAGAUUGGGUACUCCAUCAUUAACAACACGUUUGCGGAACAGGGUAUCUCCCUCUGUCGAGCAUUGCUUCGCGGAAGUAUCCUCAACCCGAAAGACAUUGUGAUCCUGACCCCAUAUGAAGCCCAAUACCUCCUUUAUCAGCGACUGCUGGUCCAGGCUCACGUGCAAUCUCCACAACUUGGUUUCAAUCAAGUCGAUGUGCGCAAAGUGGAUUCUUUCCAGGGCCAGGAAAGUCCAGUCGUGAUCCUCGAUGUUACGUUCACUGAGAAGCUCGGGUUCAUGUCCGUUCCGAACAGAUGGAAUGUGGCGCUCAGCCGAGCUCGCAACGCAUUAUAUGUCCUCUGCGACCGUUCAGGCAUCCGCAAAAAGGGCAGUCGUGUUUACUGUGUCUCCGAGCUAAUCAGAAUCGUCGACGACAAGAAGCUGUGGGUCAAAUCACAGCAGCAGCUAAUGACCAAAGGGAAGCACGGCGCUGAACUCGCAGAGGAACAAAGGGCAUGGGGGAAAAAACGUCGAAACCCGGGCACUGGAAACCGUCUUUGA